UUCGGAGAGGCGCUGCCCACCCACGUGCCCACGUUUUGUCGUUGGCAUGUUCAAUGUUCUCGAUCCCUGCGCCUUGGAAAUCCAGCCUAAUUCUUUCGAUCAAAAUCUAGAGGCACGGAUGGUAAUGGCGAAAUUGAUCUAGCGUCCGGCGCCGGCCGCAUAUUCCGUGGGUCCUUUGAGUGUCAGCGGCGAGUAAAUCUGAAUGUGGGGCCGGUCACGCUGGGCAGAAACGAGGGGGUUCCUGCUGUCUUUGCAGAGUUGAUCGAUUCUUGAUGUUGAAACACUCUCGGCUCGGAAUCGGUCUUUUGGGCGCCUCAAAGAUGUCCGUCGGCAAAUCCCACACUGACCGUCAGUGGUGGAAAGAGGCCGUGGUGUACCAAAUCUAUCCAGCUUCAUUCAGUGACACCAACAACGAUGGCAGGGGUGAUGUCAAUGGUGUUACCGAAAAACUUGAUUACUUGAAAGAUCUUGGAGUCGACGUUGUCUGGCUUUCUCCAAUCUAUGACAGUCCUCAAGUGGACAAUGGAUAUGAUAUCGCCGAUUACAAGAAGAUUUAUCCCCCGUAUGGCACAUUGGAAGAUGUUGACCGACUGAUUCAGGAGUUGGGCCGUCGUGGGAUGAAACUGGUGAUGGACUUGGUUGUUAAUCACACCUCUGAUCAGCAUCCAUGGUUUUUGGAAUCUCGCUCGUCCAAGUCAAAUCCAAAGCGUGACUGGUAUAUCUGGAGGAAGCCCAAGUAUGACAUUAAAGGAAAGCCAGGGCCGCCCAACAACUGGAAUCAAAUUCUGGGAGAGGCGCAUUCGGCAUGGAUUUUCGAUGAGACGACCCAGGAGUAUUACUUCGCCGCAUUCACGCCCCAGCAACCCGAUCUCAACUGGGAGAACCCAGACGUCCGGGCUGCAGUGUACGAUAUUUUGCGCUUCUGGCUAGACCGGGGCGUCGCCGGCUUUCGGAUGGACGUGAUCAACCUCAUCUCCAAGGACCAAAGCUUUCCUGAUGCCGAGGUUGUCAUACCUGGUCAGCCGUACCAGCCGGCUACCCAACACUUCGCCAAUGGGCCAAGGUUACACGAGUUUCUUGGGGAAAUGCGGCGAGAGGUUCUUGACAAGUACGAUCAGAUGACAGUGGGCGAAAUGCCCUUCAUCUAUGAUGACAAAGAAUUCCUCAAGAUCGUGCAUCGGAAAGACGGGUUUCUGAACAUGGUCUUCCACUUUGAGCUGGUCGAUAUCGAUUCGGAGCGAGGAGAUGUCCCUGGUGAUGCUCGAAUGUCCGUGGGCCAUUGGGAUGUUUCCGACUUGCGCCGGAUUAUCUCACGUUGGCAAAGAAUCAUGAUCGAUGGCGGUGGCUGGAACUCGCUUUACUGCGAGAAUCACGAUCAGCCUCGGUCUGUAUCGCACUAUUGUGAUGAUAGCGAUGAGUACAGAGAGUACGGGUCGAAGUUGCUUGCAAUGAUGGAGACCACCCUAAGCGGAACUCUUUUUGUCUAUCAGGGUGAGGAGCUGGGCAUGAGAAAUGUCCCGCUUGAGUGGGAACCAGAGGAGUACAAGGAUAUUGAGGUAAAUGAGAUGUAUCCUAAUGAUCAAGAAAAGCUUCAAAAAGCCCGGAGAGCUCUUCGAGCAAAAGCCCGGGACAACGGUCGCACCCCCAUGCAAUGGGACAGCAGUCCAAACGGUGGCUUUUGUCCAGAAGAGGUUACCCCUUGGAUGCGGGUGAAUGACGAUUAUCCAGUUGUCAAUGCAGCAGCACAAACAAAACCGGAAGCUACCUCGUCCGUGUACCACUUCUGGCAGAGGUUGGUGACGCUUCGGAAAAAGAAUGCUGGUGCUCUGGUCCAUGGCGGAUUUGAACUUAUCGGCGAGACAAAUCCAGACGUCUUUUCGUACGUUAGGGCGGCUGACUCUGGGGAGAAAUGGGUGGUUGUUCUCAACUUCACUGGGCACUCGGCUACCUGGGAAAGUCCCAAAUGGGGACUCCAAUGGGUGGUGGGAAAUUACGCCGAUGGUUUGGACAAGGUGCAGAGUGGUGGCACCGAUCUGGUGCAUCUGAGGCCCUGGGAGGGUCUCAUCGCCAGACAACCGUGUAAUUAGUCCACAGAUGUCAUGUUACAAGCUUUGGGCUAUCAUGUCGUCCAGUCAUUGACAUCUCGCAAGGAUGCCUUCAUCAACGUUUGGUAUACCGCUUCGUCCGGCUGAAGACGCCAUGAAUCCAUUCAAUUAUCCUACA